CAUUUGAUACCAACAUUCUACCUUCUUCUUCAUUAAAAUCUGUCCUAAGACUUUUUUUCAUACAUAUAUAUAUAUAUAUAUGGAUGGUGGGAUUUUCCUUAAUUUCUUGCAUAUGGUGUAGCCCUCUUUCAUUUCCACCAUCAACUGCCCUAUGAUUCACUUUUGGUUUUACCUUACUAUAAGGCUUCCGUUAUUGUAGGAUAUAGAAACACACACACACACACACACACUUUCUCCUUGUUGUCUUCAGUAAUUCUUAUCAAGCAGUUUCGGUUAUGGGUAACUGAAAUAUGAAGCCUCAUUCAUGGUUCUUGGACUUGGGCUGUCUUUCAACUAAUUCUUGAAAUACCCUUUUGCUGCCUGUCGAUGGGGAUCUGGGUUGGCCUUCAAAGUCUUGUCUUUAUCUGGAAGCCAAAGAUUUAGAAAGCUGAAUAGAUCCAAACCACCACAAUUUCUAUUUUGGGUUUUCACAUUUUCUAUCAUUUUUUGUGGUUUGUGGCUGAAAGAUAUCAUCUUGGUACCUUUACUUGAGCUGUUUCUUGAUUUACAGUUGAAAGACUGUAUUUUUGCUUUGUUUCGUUUAUUGGGAGGAGGGGUUCUUGAUCGAUAUUGAUGGUUAAGAGCAAAAUGUUUGGAGGCAAUGGGGUGUUGUACCCGAUUAUUGGUUUUGCCUCAUGUGUGGCUUUCAUAUACUUGUCUUUUGGAGACUUGUGGAUCAAUCUUGAAGGAGAUACGAAGCUAAGUUUUGUGGCGAGGAAUGGGAGUCAGUUCAUUGUGGAUGGUAAACCUUUCUACUUUAAUGGGUGGAACUCUUACUGGAUGAUGGACCAUGCUGUGGAUGAAUCCAGCAAACCUAGAAUCAGGGCAAUGCUGCAAGCUGGUGCCAAAAUGGGCCUUACUGUGUGUAGAACUUGGGCUUUCAAUGAUGGUGAUUACAACGCUCUCCAAAUUGCCCGCGUUGGAUCAUGUCAUUGCAGAAUCUAGGAGAUAUGGAAUAAGACUAAUACUAUGCUUGGUCAAUAACUUGCAAGCAUAUGGUGGAAAGACACAAUAUGUUAAGUGGGCAUGGGAAGAAGGUGUCGGUUUAAGUUCUUCUAACGAUUCGUUCUUUUAUGACCCAUCAAUACGGCGUUAUUUCAAGAAUUAUGUUAAGACUGUUCUAACAAGGAAGAACUCAAUAACGGGAGUCGAGUACAGGGACGAUCCAACAAUCCUUGCCUGGGAGUUAAUCAACGAACCCCGCUGUAUAACUGAUAAAUCUGGUGAUACACUUCAGGAUUGGAUAGAAGAAAUGUCGGCUUUCGUGAAAUCAAUUGACAGGAACCAUAUGAUAACAGUGGGCCUUGAAGGAUUUUACGGACCUAAAAGUCCCAAAAGACUAACAGUCAAUCCCGAGUUCUGGGCAGCUGAUGUUGGAACUGAUUUUAUUCGAAAUUCAAAGAUCUCAGCUGUUGAUUUCGCAUCGGUUCAUAUUUACCCUGAUCACUGGACUCACAAUCCAGACUUCGAAUACAAGCUAAAAUUCGUCUACAAGUGGAUGCUAUCUCACAUUGAGGACGGCGAUAAAGAGCUGAAAAAGCCUGUAAUGUUCACAGAAUUCGGAUUAUCCACUGAGAACAAUGAUUUCACCCCCACUCAGCGAGAGAGAAUGUACAAAGUGAUUUACGAUGUCAUUUACAAAUCUGCCUUAAGAAACAAGGCCGGUGCUGGAGCUUUAGUCUGGCAGUUCCUGGUUGAAGGGAUGGAAGACUUCAACGACGACUUCGGGAUCAUUCCAUGGAAGAGGCCGUCAACAUAUAAGCUUUUCACGGAACAGUCUUGUAGACUUGCAAGAGUUCAAGGAGCGCUUCCUUCGCAAUUGGGUUACUUGAGAAGAUUAUGCACACGAAGUUGAUAAAGCGACACCACAUAUACAUAAAACUCGAAUGAUCUCUUUGAAGUAUAAUAUAUCCCCUUUGCAUCUUUUGUUUGUUUCGAUUAUCUAUAGCGAGGGAAGUUUAAUAUUUGUCUCACAUAUAGGUGUAUAAUUUCAUCGAAUGAAGCAUAUAUGCAAAUAUUUUUUUGCUUUGCGAUUCUCGGAAUUUA